GUAAACCUGCACAGGAAGAGGAUACGGGUCAGGAGGACGACGUUUCGGAUUUAUUAUCGUUCAUUUUUAAAGAUGUCCGGGGUCAACGUGGUCCCGCGGGCAGGGAUGUGAGGUUAGCUCGACGUUUUGCCGGUUCUCUGUCCGGUUUGGUGCUCAGACAUUACACGAGAGGAGACAGCCAUCAGCUCAGCAUCACAGGCGCCUCUGCUCAUUCUGGCACCCAUCAUACUCGUGGCUGUUCAAUGCCUAAUACAUCAGAGAGUCAAGGAGCAAACUUAUCUGGGCCGGCGGAGCCGUCGGGGCUGCAGAGGCCCGCCGAUGGAGAGGAGGACCACGGUCUCAUCAGCUCCCUCGCCCGGGACGCUGCCAGAGUGAGGAGGGCCUCCAGUGCGGAGCUCCACCUGCCGUGGACCUGCCCGGUCACACACUCCCGGGAGAAGUUCUACACGGUGUGCUCCGACUAUGCUCUCCUCAACCAGGCCCCGUCUGUGUACCGGCCCCCGAAUGCAGCCAGGGACGUCCCCAACAAGCAGGACGACGGGCUGUCUCUGGUGAAGCCCAAACCCGCGGCUGACUUCGGUGCUGGCCAGUCUGGAGGGGCCCAUGUGGGAUCAGAUGGGGACUGUGACAUGGUGGAAGUGUCCGCCAGCCACGCAAAACCGAUUCUGGCCUGGGAGAUCGACACCACAGACUUUAACGCUGUGCUCACGAGGAAAACAAGAACAAGCAAUGUGAAGAAAUGCAGCACCAAGAAGAUGAAGUCAUCAGACAGGCCCAGCCGAAAUCUGCAAGACGUUCCCCCUCACGCGUCGCUGGAGGAGAUCAAGCAGAGAAAAGUGCUGGACCUCAGACGAUGGUACUGCAUCAGUCGGCCUCAGUACAAGACGUCAUGUGGAAUCUCUUCUCUGGUUUCCUGCUGGAACUUUUUGUACAGCACGCUGGGUGCAGGGAGCCUGCCGCCCAUCUCUCAGGAGGAGGCUCUGCAUAUUCUGGGUUUUCAGCCGCCUUUUGAAGAAAUCAAGUUUGGUCCUUUCACCGGCAAUGCUACUCUGAUGCGGUGGUUCAGACAAAUCAAUGACAAUUUCCGAGUGCGAGGUUGCUCCUACAUUCUGUACAAACCGCACGGAAAACACAAGACGGCGGGAGAGACGGCUGAAGGAGCGCUGAUGAAACUGACACAAGGGCUGAAGGACGAGUCCAUGGCCUACAUUUACCACUGCCAGAACCAUUACUUCUGCCCAGUGGGAUUCGAAGCGACGCCGCUCAAAGCAGCCAAGGCGUACAGGGGCCCUCUACCCACAAAUGAGAUGGAGUACUGGAUCCUGAUCGGCGAGCCCAGCAGGAAACACCCAGCUAUCCACUGUAAAAAAUGGUUGGACAUUGUGACAGACCUUAACACGCAAAAUCCAGAAUACCUGGACAUCCGUCACACAGAGAGAGGGAUUCAGCGCCGCAAAACCAAAAAGGUGGGCGGCAACCUGCACUGCAUCAUGGCCUUCCAGAGGGUGAACUGGCAGAAGCUCGGCCCCUGGGCUCUAAACCUGGAGAACCUGCGCCACGACUUCCACCACCACGGCACAGAGCGCGCCCAAGGGAGCGCCGCGGAGGAAACGGAGGAGAGGACGUCCUCGAAGCGCCUGGCCAACCUGGGACGCUCACACAGUACGGGGAGUCAGAAGGACACCAGCUGGAAACGCCUGUCCAACACCACGGAGUACAGACAGAGGAGCUCCCCGGACAGCGACCUCGAGGAGGACGUCACAGACUGAUCAGGUUUACGGGACACACGCGGUGAGCGAGGGGUUAAAUAACACAUACACAGUACAGUUCAGCAGCCCUGAGAUACAUUUUAAAAGGAUAAGUCUGGUGUUAUACAUUUUACUGCCAACAGAUCUCAUGCAAAGACCCAAAACAGCGACGUGUUAGUCCGCCUCCUAACACCGUCUGACUUCCUCACCCUGAUUCUGGCUCUCAGCCCAGAGCCCAUUCACCACUGCAACAUUAAAGCUUUAAACACGCCGUAUACAACAUUUAUUUUUAAACCUGCACCAACGCUUUAUUUUUUAGCUAUUUGGGGGCCGUGGAAAAACAUCAACAGUGCAUGGACAUAUCACCACCUUUAACCCUUAGGGGACUGUUUGG